AUGAACCACUGCGCUAUGCUCAACGCCGCGUCUCACCAUCACAUCAAACCUCUUUGCAAUAACGCAGGAACUGGCAAGCGAUCACAGCACUCUCUCGAGCUCGAGGUCGAGAACCUCGGCGCCCACCUCAACGCCUACACCUCGCGAGAGCAGACCGUCUACUACGCCAAGGCUUUCCGCAAGGACGUCGACAAGGCCGUCGACAUCAUCUCGGACAUCUUGCAAAACUCCAAGCUCGAGAACUCGGCCAUCGAGCGCGAGCGUGAUGUGAUCCUGCGUGAGCAGGAGGAGGUUGACAAGCUCAAGGAGGAGGUCGUCUUCGACCACCUUCACUCGGUCGCCUUCCAGGGCCAGCCUCUCGGACGCACCAUCCUCGGCCCCAAGAAGAACAUCCUCUCGAUCAAGCGCGAGGACCUUGCCGAGUACAUCAAGACCAACUACACCGCUGACCGCAUGGUUCUCGUCGGUGCCGGUGGCAUCGAGCACGACUCGCUCGUCAAGCUCGCAGAGCAGCACUUUGGCAGCCUUCCCGUCAGCUCGAGCCCUAUCAAGCUCGGUCAGUCCUCGUCGCCCAAGACCAGCUUCGUCGGUUCGGAGGUGCGCAUCCGUGACGACACUUCGCCCACCUGCAACUUUGCGCUCGCCGUCGAGGGUGUCUCGUGGAAGUCGCCCGACUACUUCCCCAUGCUCGUGCUCCAGUCCAUCAUGGGCAACUGGGAUCGAUCGCUCGGCUCGAGCCCUCUGCUCUCGUCGCGCCUCUCGCACAUUGUCUCGUCCAACAACCUCGCCAACUCGUUCAUGCACUUCUCCACCUCGUACUCGGACACCGGUCUCUGGGGUGUCUACAUGGUCUCGGAAAACUUCCUGCAGCUUGACGACUUGAUCCACUUCACGCUUCGUGAGUGGCAGCGAAUGAGCACCGCUCCCACCGAGGGUGAGGUCGAGCGUGCCAAGGCCCAGCUCAAGGCGAGCUUGUUGCUCGGCCUCGACGGUACCACCGCCAUCGCUGAGGACAUCGGACGACAGCUCGUCACCGCCGGCAAGCGAUACACGCCACAGGAGAUCCAGGCUGCCAUCGACUCGAUCGGCGUUCAGGACAUCCAGCGUGUUGCACGCACCUACUUGUGGGAUGCUGACUUUGCUCUCGCCGCACACGGACAGGUCGAGGGUAUCCUGGACUACAACCGAAUCCGAUCCGACCUUAGCAGCAUGAUCUGGUAA